GGUGUAGAAGUGCGCUCACUGCCUCUCCUUCUGCAGGUGUGCUUCAUCGGCCGAAGCAACGUGGGGAAAUCAUCUUUAAUCCGGGCCUUGUUCUCGCUGUCCCCAGAAGUGCAGGUCAGAGUGUCAAAAACUCCGGGCCACACCAAGAAGAUGAAUUUCUUCAAAGUAGGGAAGUACUUUACUCUGGUGGAUAUGCCAGGAUACGGCUACCGUGCCCCACAAGACUUUGUGGAGAUGGUGGAGGCUUACCUGCAGGAACGGCACAACUUGAAGAGGACUUUUAUGUUAGUUGACGGUGUAGUAGGACUCCAGAAGACAGAUCAUGUUGCAGUAGAGAUGCUGGAAGAGUUUGGGAUUCCUUAUGUGAUAGUGUUAACAAAAAUUGACCGAGCUUCCAGAGGACUGUUGUUAAAGAAUGUACUGGAGAUCCAGGAGUAUGUGAAGGAGAAAACUCAGGGAUGCUUUCCUCAGCUAUUCCUGGUCAGUUCCCUGGAGUUUUCAGGGGUUCACCUGCUAAGGUGUUUUGUAGCCCAUGUUACUGGAAACCUGCCUAUGGUAGAUACCAGCUGAAAAGACUGGUUCCUCACCUGCUCAGCUCCUCCAGGACAAAAGG